UAUAAUAUUUACAUUGUUCUAUGCAAAUCACUGGGAAAAAUCCAUUAAAGCAAAAUAUGUUUAAUAUAUUAUUUUAACUAUUCAACAAUUAAGUGGCCAAUAAACACAAAUUGUGUAUAUUCCGAUAUUUUUCCUGGAGACUUGCAUCACUUAUUUGAUUGUGUGUUGUUCAACGAUAGUACUUUGUAUUGUGAUUAAUAAUCAUUUUAUCAGUAAGGUUAGAACUUCCACUGAUUACUCACUUGUUUAAUUGUCUUUUACGUUCGUGCUUGCUCAAAAAUCCACAAGUAGUACACAAUGUCUGAGAACACAAGAAGUUCUGCAUUCAGAAAAAUCGACGUCGAUCAAUUCAAUGAGAAUUUCAAAGAUGACGAGCAAACGGAAAAUCAAUCGACGACUGCCAUUCCAGACGAAUCCGAAAUUACAACUAUGAUUAACCAAGGUCGUUUUGCUGAUGCUUUAAAAUCUGCAUUGAAAAAUGCCCCUUUAGGAUCAAAAAAUCAACAAUUAAGGGACAAUGCCUUAAAUGUUGUAAUGAAAGUUCUUCUGGCCACCAAAUUAUCACAAAUAGAUGAAGUUGUUGCUCAAUUAGAUAUUGACAUGGUAGAUAUUCUUAUGAAGUAUAUUUACAAAGGGUUUGAAAAAUCAAAUGAGAAAAAAAGCAGUCAUCUCCUCAUGUGGCACGAAAAAGCCUAUGCUCUUGGAGGAGCUGGUAGUAUAAUCAGAGUACUUACUGAUCGCAAAAGAGUGUAAUGUAACUAACAAUUUAUUUAAUUUUUAUUUAAACAUUAAUAUUAUAAUGUCAAAAAUUGUAUUUGGUACUACAUAAUUAUUAUUUUAUUUUUAUUAAGUUUUAUAAGUAUCAGCAUUUAAUUUUAUUAAGGUAAUAUAAUAACAUGUAUUGUCAAAUAGUAUUAUUUUAUAAAAAUUCAAUUAUGUCCUUUUUACUAGCAUUGAUAUAUGCUGCUCGUUUAAAAGAAUAUCAAGUGGUUUUUAAAAGCAUUUGUUAAAAUAUUAACUUUUUAAAUAUAUUUUUAGCUGUUUUUAUAAAGUGGGUCUAGGUAUAAAUUAAAUUAUGUCUUAAUUAAUUGACAACCAUGUUUUAUUAUUGUAUUUUAAUCAAUAGGAAUGUACUCAUGUAUGCUAAUUACUUCAUAAAUAUGAAUUUAUUCUUUUAAAGUUAAAAUAGUUUAUGCUAACAAAAUAUUAUAUAAGAUAUUCAAUGUCUAUAGUUUAGUUAUCAUUACAAUUAUUUGAAUUAAUUAAAAAACAAAUUAAAUUACACAUAAAUAAUGUAUGUAUUUUUAAGUAUAAUACAUAUUAUUGUAUUGAAAAGCUUCUUAUUUUAUUUUUAUAUGCAACCAUGGUUUUUUUUUUUUUUUAUCAUAAUGUAGUUAAUAAUUUAUAGUUCUGUAGUAUCAUUCUUAAGUAAUUGACAAAUGUAAUGAAUGAUACAUUUUAAAUAAUAAAUAAUUUAUUUUAUAAUAGUGAUAUACUACAGAAAAUGUUUUUAUAUCAAUUAUUUAUGAAAAUUUUAUAACAGUUUAUAAAAGAAUAAAUAGCAAUAACUAAAUAAUAAUAA